AGUUGGGUGGAGUCUUAUUUAAGCUCCUGAAGACAACCUGUGAAGGCACAGUCCUGUGAUUGUCCACCUGCAGUGAGCAUCUAUUUGUCUUUCUACUGGACACCUUUCCUAUACUUUGUCAAUAGUAUAGGAAGAGCCACUUUUGGAGUCUGCAGCCAUGGAUAGUUCAAAUAAAAAUCCCACUCCAGCUCUGGAGCUCAGUACCAAGGAUACUGUGACUUUCAGUUCUAGUCCAGUAAUCGCACCAGACAGCAACUGGAAGAACAAAGAUAACAAUUCAAAAAAUGAGAGUACCCUUGAGGGUGGGAGCAAUGGCUCUGACCCAAACUCUUCCCAGAACGUCAAAGGAACAACGUGGUGGCAAACUGUGAUUCACCUGGUGAAAGGGAAUAUUGGCACAGGUCUUCUGGGAGUGCCCCUGGCAGCAAAGCAAGGAGGGCUCUUGAUUGGUUGUCUAGGUCUCUUAGCUAUGGGCAUUGUGGCUGUGCAUUGUAUGGGCCUCAUGGUGAAGUGUGCUCAGCACCUGGGCCGCAGGGUACAGAAGCCCUUUUUGGAUUAUAGUGAUGCAGUGAUGUAUGGACUAAAGACCAGUCCCUUCCCUUGGUUCCAGAAGCAUGCUAUAUGGGGAAGGCAUGUUGUUAGUUUUUUCCUGAUUCUCACUCAGUUGGGAUUUUGCUGUGUUUAUUUUGUUUUUCUGGCUGAUAAUAUAAAACAGGUGAUAGAAGCAGCCAAUGCAACUACCUCUGACUGCUUUUCCAACACGACUGUGACCUUGACACCUUCUAUGGACUCACGAUUCUACAUACUCAGCUUAUUGCCCUUCUUUGUGCUGCUGGUAUUUGUCCGUAACCUUAGAAUCCUGUCCAUCUUCUCCAUGGUGGCCAAUAUAUGUAUGAUUGCAAGCUUGGUUGUGAUCUUCCAUUACCUCCUUCAGGAUAUUCCAGAUCCCAGUAGCCUACCUAUGUUUUCUGAAUUGAAGACCUAUGCAUUGUUCUUUGGAACUGCUGCUUUUGCAUUUGAGAGCAUUGGUGUGGUUCUUCCCCUAGAAAAUCAAAUGAAGAAAAGGGAACAGUUCCCAUUCAUCUUGUAUAUGGGGAUGUCUGUGGUUAUCAUUGCCUAUGUCAUCUUGGCAUUUCUGGGCUACUUGAAGUUUGGAGCAGCCACACAAGCCAGCAUAACCCUCAACCUACCAAACUGCUGGUUGUUUCAGACUGUGAAGCUGCUAUACUCCCUUGGAAUCUUCUUUACCUAUUCCCUACAAUUCUACGUUCCAGCCGGGAUCAUCCUCCCUGUUGUUCUCUCCCGUGUGCCAAAAAAAUGGAAUUUGAUGGCAGAAUACUCCAUCCGCGUGGGCCUGGUUUGUAUAACAUGUUUCUUGGGCAUCCUGGUCCCCAGGUUAGACCUGGUUAUAGCCCUGGUGGGCUCCACAAGCAGUAGUGCCCUGGCUCUGAUCUUCCCACCAUUCCUGGAGAUCAUCACCUUUUACUCAGAAGGCUUGAAUCCUAUCAUCAUCAUUAAGGACAUCCUAAUCUGUCUCCUGGGCUUCUGUGGGUUUCUGGUGGGCACCUACCAAGCACUCUAUGAGCUGACCCAUUCACCUGUUUCUCCCACCUUUGCCAACUACACCAGCACCUUUGUACAGUGAUCUACAUCCAAGUGGAACUCUUCUCUGCUUCCCCUCAUUCCUCUGCUCCCUGUGGAAAGUGAACUCCCUCUUUCCAAGACUAAGCCAACUGUGCUACAAUAGAAAGAGCCCUAGGUCUGGAAAUGGAAGACCUGGGUUCUGCUAUAUGACUAUUGGCAAGUCACUUAAGACUCUCUGAGCCUCAGUUUCCUCAAUCUUUAAAAUGAAGAUACUGCUUCUCCUUACAGGAUUGUUAAGAGCAUUGAAGGAGGCAAUGAAUUCAAAGCACUUUGUAAAUUGCAAAAUGCUAUAAAAAUAUGACCUAUUACUGCUCCUUUUCUUCCUCCACAACAUUCUCUUACUUUGGGACCUCUCCAAAGUGCUGCCUCAACUUUCUCUUGACUUUGCCCUUAACUUGUCAGAAAAUUUCAGCUAAAAGUUUCCAACAGCUGCCUAUUAUGUAAGGAUGACCUAACCAGGUCAAACCUAUGCUUGCCAUCCAUGAACUGUCGAAUACAAAGUGACACUGAAACUCUAAAUACAUUGUAUCUGGAGUUUGAUGCCUUUUCCAAAUCCUCCUCCCUGGAUCUCUACCUUGUUCCUCAAAGACAAACUGAACUAUAAAAUAUUUGUAUUCAACCAAGAGUUUAGACUCUAAAAUGUUAUUGGGUUUUGUAUCAAAAAAAAAUGCAGUUUUAAGAAGUGGGCACAUGCGAGUGAGAAAUCACUUGAAAUCAUGAAGGGAAUUAAGGGAAGGACUUUACGGAUUGUUGUUCAACGCUCUCUCAUUCCAAUGGAAGAGAAUGAAGUUCAGAGAGGAUAAGAGGCUUGUCCAGAGCUGUACCAUGAAUUAAUGGCUGAGACUAGAAAUCAUGACCACACAGGAUUCAGCUCUUUCUUAUGAGAUCACACCACCUUCUGCAUUAGAAUGACAGCCUAUCAGAGCAAGAAGGAAUCUUAGAGACUAUCUGGUCUAAUACCGUCACUUUGCAGAAGAAGAAAGUGCAGAUGUAGGAAUGGAUUUUUCCUGAUCACAGGUAAUCCAGGAUUUCUAUCCUCCAUCCAGUGCUUUUUUCACUAUAUUACAGAUAUUUAGGGAAAGAAAAGGAAUGCCCUGCUAUUGCAGAGAGCUCUGGGGAAGGAAGACAGAAGUGGUGCUAGAAAACAAAAAAAACCUGAGGACUUAUAAACAAAUGAUAUACAUUUGGAGAAGGGAUCCCCUUCCCUUAUCUUUCCUGACUAUGGUUAGUCACAGUCCGCAAGUAAAAAUUCUUAUUUUGGGAAGAUUAACAUGUUAUUGUUCCCAAAGAGAGAUUGAAGGGGGAAAGGAGAGUUGUUGAAAUAGUUCAUGAUAGCAAAAAUCAGAAUUCAUCCCACAAGCAUUUAUUAAUUACCAUGUGUGUGCAGAGUACUCAGUUAAAGACUAGGGAGGGUUUCAGAUUUAGAUAGAAUGGUGUUCUUGCCCUCCUCUCUUGCAAAGAAGAGCCUUUACCAUUUCUUCAUUCAUGUAAGUUACCAACAAUAAAAGCUGAUAAUUA